CUGCUCUUCGACCACUCUACCUUGCGCUACGCUCCCAACCACCUUGCUCGUCUCUCCCACAUCAAUCAUGUUCACUCCGCAUCAUUCUUCGCCACUUGCAAGGACUCCCCGACCAAGGAACCUCCAUUUGUCGCCAUUCCCCACUGGCAGUGCACUAAAGUUAUGGGAUGAAGAUGACCGUCGUGCGGUUGAAAAUCCGAGGCGAGAGACCAUCUGCUCAAGCUCCACUCUCCAAACACCAAAAUCCACGCGGUUCUCAAGUGACACCGUGUUGGGGAUUAUAAAGAGCUAUGACCCGCAUUCAUCGCCUAGAGUGCCCUGUCCAUCGCCGCCAGUCGCGGCCAGCCCGCAAUUGGAAUCCGGCUUCAACGCGCAUAGCCAACCCCCAGCCCACUUGGUCUCCGGUGUAGACGAACCUCUAUGUAAGACUUGCAAAACCCCCAUGACUACGGUCUUUGGGGAUUGUGAGACUUGCAAAAAUAUCACCUCUACAAUACCCUCUCUUUUUGCCGCAGACUCAGCCUUUCCAACAACUAUAUCCACUGCCGCCCCUACCACUACAGUAUCAACAACAACCAACAACACCGCAAAUACCGAUCUCACGUCGAGAAACCUUCGUCUACUAGAAACUGCCAAAUCUCCAGAAGGCAAGCCCCGGCGACCAUCUAUGCCUUCUCUUCAUCUUAGUGAUCUUCCAAUCCGACUUUCCCCCUUGCGCUCACCUUUACGCCUUCCUACCUCCCCACGCUCUCCAGAGGAAGCCGCAAGACCACGCAAAUCAUCUUUAAGAAGCUCUCAACACAAUGCAUUUCCGUGUAUUGAAGACGCAGGAAACCCAGGGCACUUUCCAGCAGCUCACCCAUCCGCGCCAUCAACACCACCUUCCGCCUCCAGGGGAGUAGCAGCAGGGCUUUCGUACCAUACCCCCCUUAACUCACCUCCUUACUCACUGGCGCAUGUACGCAACCCGUCGGAGCCGCUGCCAACGUAUGGAUACGCAUCGUACCGCCACAUGAGCAUUACUUCGACCGAAUCGAGCACGCUGUUUUCGGGUGUUACGCAAUCUCCUACGACACCGACGACGACGGCAUCGACGCGCCGAGAGUCGCAAGCGAGCGUAGGACUGCAGCGUAUGAUAAGCGCAUGGGACGACUGGGAUAGCGAUGGGGAAGAAGAGAAAGCUGGGUUGGUGAAGUAUUGGCGGGGUAGGAGGUGGAGGAGUAGUCGGGGGAGCUUAGGAGGCAUUGGGGCUGGAAGGAGGGAGAGUGUUGGAAGUGAGGAGGUGGAACAGCAGCAGAGAGAGAAUGGUGGAGGUAGUGGCAGGAAGAGGAGAGGGUUUGUGAGGGUUAUCAGCUGCGGGUGUGUUAAGUCUUGA